GGAGAGGAAAGAGAGAGAACCAACAGCCACUCUCUCUCUUUAACCUGCCUCACCAACUCGCAUCUAGAAGCAAUUAUAGGGUCUUCCUCUCUUCUCUCUCUAUGUUCUGUCCCCUCUACUUUGGAGUCAAAAGCCUAUAAAACCACACCCAAACUCCCUCUUGAGCCGGCUUCUUAAUUUGUUGCUGCAAGCCAAUCCUAAUUCCUAUUCUCCUAUCCUUUUACAUAACUCUAAAGUAAGAAAAAAUAGAGCAAUUUCACAACACAACUCUUAGAAUUGUGAGUUAAGUAUGGGAAGGUCCCCUUGCUGUGAGAAAGCUCACACAAACAAAGGUGCAUGGACUAAAGAAGAAGAUGACAGACUCAUAUCUUAUAUUCGAGCUCACGGCGAAGGCUGCUGGCGUUCACUCCCCAAAGCCGCCGGCCUUCUCCGGUGCGGCAAGAGCUGCCGUCUCCGGUGGAUCAACUACCUCCGCCCCGACCUCAAAAGAGGUAACUUUACCGAAGAAGAAGAUGAACUCAUCAUCAAACUCCACAGUCUCCUCGGUAACAAGUGGUCUUUGAUAGCUGGAAGAUUGCCGGGGAGAACAGACAAUGAAAUAAAGAAUUAUUGGAACACGCACAUAAGAAGGAAGCUUUUGAACAGAGGAAUCGACCCUGCUACUCAUAGGCCACUCAACGAAGCUGCUUCUGCUGCAACUGUUACAACUGCCACCACUAAUAUAUCUUUUGGGAAACAACAAGAACAAGAGACAAGUUCUAGUAACGGAAGCGUUGUUAAAGGUUCCAUCUUGGAACGCUGCCCUGACUUGAACCUUGAGUUAACCAUUAGUCCUCCUCGCCAACAACAACCUCAGAAGAAUCUUUGUUUUGUUUGCAGUUUGGGUUUGAACAACAGCAAGGAUUGUAGCUGCAACGUUGCCAACACUGUUACUGUUACUGUCAGCAACACUACUCCUUCUUCUGCUGCUGCUGCUGCUUAUGAUUUCUUGGGCAUGAAAACCAACGGUGUUUGGGAUUGCACCCGCUUGGAAAUGAAAUGAAAAUUCAACGAAAUUAUACCAAUUAGUUAGUGUUUUUGGAGAGAAGUCGAGAGAAUGAAAUUCAUUAAUUUUUUAAUUUUCUCUCCUAUUUUCUUUUUCUUCUCUUGUUUGUAUAAAUAAUUAGUCGCUGAUGCAUAAUAUAUAGUACCGGUACAGUUGAACAUUUUAUUGCCCAA